AUGGACUUCUGCUUCUUCAUCCCAGUCAUCUUCGGCUGCCCCACCAAAAUGAAACAAGAAGGAGAUGGCACAGCACGUGUCUGUCCUCGAUGCAACAACGCCCAGGUUGUUCAAGCCAAAGCACGAACCUGGUUCGAACUCUGCUGGAUCCCUUUGAUCCCUAUGAAGACAAAGCAUGUCUUCUUCUGCAACAUUUGUCAAUGGCAGUCUCCACAGGACGGUGGAUUCCAACCACAGGUAGCAGGUGGAGGAUUCGGUGGUCAUCAGGGUCACCCGCAACAACCACAGCAGUACGGAUACGGUCCGCCGCAAGGUGGUCAGUAUGGUUAUCCCCCUCCGAAGCAUUGA